CGAAUAAGGGAAGGAAAAAAGAGUAAAGCUAGUUUGGUUCUUUGAGAAAGCAGCAGAACGAGAAGGUACGAAAAUGGCUGCACUGGAGGACGUAGCCGCCGUUAUGUUGAGAGUCAUGCUGAGGAAAAGCAUGUGCAUGUUUGAAGGUAUAGUAUACACGUUAAUGCAGGUCGCCUCAUUGUUGGUCUCUACAAUGAGAUACUCAACCUCGCGAAUUGCUCAUCCUGCUGCUGCUGCUGCUGGUCCUGUCUUGGCCAGCUACUCUCCCAUUUCGGCCGCGGUGGCACCUGUUCGACAUUGAUUGCUAGUCAUUUUUGAAGCAUGGAGAGAAGUGGAAUCAAAGAGAAUUGAUUAUUGAAGAUAAAUAUGCGGGAAAGCACUGCAGUCUGUGUUCACCAUCUGCAGUUGCCAAUGUUAACAAAGUUGUUUUGCUGGGAGCCUCUGCAUACCUCACCAUAUCAUACUGUCUUGCCUGCAUUUCAGUAUACUUCAUUCUGUGAUGGUAUUAGCUAUACAAGGAUUCUGUCCUCUUCAAGGACGAUUC